CGGGGCUGCGUUGGAAGACAGCACCCACAGAAGACGAAAGUCGGUGAAGAAGUACGUCGAGCGGGAGCAUAUACACGCGAAACAGCAUAAAGCGCGCGUGCAGGAGGAGAAGAAGCGAACAAGGGAGGAAAUGGAGAAGGACCUGCAGGAGCUGUACCACAUCAAGCGCUCUGCAGGGUUCAAUUCGGACUUUGACUCUUUCCGGAGUCUGUUGAGCUACCAGGCUCGACUUGAGAAGCUGGACAAGACUGGCGCACUAUCUCCUUCACCGUCCUUGGUUGACUUGCGGGCAAAGGCGCGACAAGACGAGUUUCGCCGUCACUCCUUCCCCGACCAUGUCGACCCCGACUUCCUGCAACGCGCCAUCCAGAAAGCGCAAGACGCGCUCAAGGGGCCGAAGCCCCCGAAACCCUUCGUGCCCACGCUCGACCAGCUACGCCUUUCGCGCCUCGCGCAGGACGAGGAGAUCGAGGAGCGCUUGCGUCCAAAACGCAAGCCGUUACCCGCGUCACUCCCGCCCGCAGACGAAGCGGCAGUCGACGCGCUGUUCCGUCGGAGCGGGGUUAUUUCGAAGAUCGCUCGCGAGCAAGUGUCUCAGGAAGACAUCGUGCGCCUGCAGCCAUGCCAGUGGCUGAACGACGAGGUCAUCAACUUUUAUGGGCAGCUCAUCCUGACUCGCGCUGAGGAGUCGAAGGAGAAUCCGGGCGCGGGCGGCGGGGCGGGGCGCAAGAAGCCCCUGAACGCGCAUUACUUUAGCACGUUCUUCUGGUCGAAGCUCAAGGGGCAGGGGUACCAGAAGGCGCGGAUGUCGAAGUGGACGAAGAAGAUCGACAUCUUCUCGAAAGACGUGGUGCUCAUCCCGGUGAACCACAACAACGCACAUUGGACAGCGGCGGCGAUCAACUUCCGCAAGAAGCGCAUAGAGUCGUACGACAGCAUGAACAUGGACCGCGGCCAGGUGUUCAAGCUCUUGCGCCAAUAUCUCGACGACGAGCAUCGAGAUAAGAAAAAGAAGCCGUUUGACUUCACUGGCUGGCAGGACUACACACUACCCGAUACCCCACAACAGGAGAACGGCUACGACUGCGGCGUCUUCACGUGCCAGUUCCUCGAGGCGCUGUCGCGAGGCGAGGAGAGCUUCCCGUUCACGCAGGCCAACAUGAAGUACCUGCGGCGCAAGAUGGUCUGGGAGAUCGGGCACGCGAAGCUCCGGGACGACUCAUAA